CCACCCAGGGAUCCUGAAUUAUUAUUAUUCCUCAAUCUUGAUGAUUCAGGAUGAUGACGGUUCUAGCUACUUUUAUCUCCUCAGCCAAGGAACACCCCCCUACCCCUGCCUUCUGGGAAGGACAAACAAUAGGGAAGAGGUCAAUGCCCCUUGCUGCCCCUUUGCCACCCUUGCUUGGGCUUUAUCACCACAGACACUCACCGGCUGGAGGGAGACUGGCCAUCAUGUCCACGCUUGGGGCCUUCCUGGUGCUCUGGGGUUUCUUGCUGUGCCCAGCGACCAAGGCAGCCUUAGUGUUUGAGACCCGGCCGAAUUUGUGGGCAGAGGCCGAAUCGCUGCUGGAGCCCUGGGCCAACUUGACGCUGACAUGUCAGGCCCGCCUGGGGACUCCGGAUUUUGAGCUGUUCAAGGAUGGAGUAACCCAGGAACUUGUACACCUUGAUUUACCGGCCAUGGAGCACCGGUUCCCGCUAGGAGCAGUGACGAGUGACACCCGGGGCCUCUACCGCUGCCGUUCUGGCUUGAACAGCGGAUGGACUCAGUUAAGCAACCUCCUGGAGGUGACUGGAGCAGAAUCCCUACCCCCACCUUUGCUUUCAACUGAGCCCGUGUCCUGGAUCACACCGGGUCUGAAGACGAAACUGCUGUGCCAUGGGGGGUUUCGUGGUGUGACCUACCUGCUGAGGCAGGAAGGCAAUGAUCAGUUUUUGGAGGUGGCUGAGGCCCCUGAAGACAUGGAGGCCACCUUCCCAGUUCAUCGGCCUGGCAAUUAUAGCUGCAGCUACCGGACCCACGCAGCAGGUGCACCCUCUGAGCCCAGUGCUACUGUGACAGUCGAGGAACUGGCGGCACCGUUGCCACCCAAGCUGAGUUUCCAGGGAGAGUCUGCAGGUCUCCUGCGCCCUGGUGCUGACGCCACUCUCGUCUGUGUGGCGCCCCUGAGCGGCGUGGACUUCCAGCUGCGGCAGGGAGAAGAGGAGCUGCUGGUACGCAGAAGCUCCAGCAACCCAGACCGCAUCUCCUUUCACCUGGACAUGGUGGCUUUAGGGUCUGGCGGUCUCUAUACCUGCCGCUAUCAGCUGCAUGGCCAGCAAACCUGGUCUUCCGACAGUGCGCCUGUCGAGCUGCUGUUGAGUGAUGAGACACUCCCAGCUCCGGAGCUCUCUGUGGAGCCCAAGACUCUACACCCCACGCCCGGCACGCUGGUGCAGCUGCGGUGUCAGGCACCCCGGGCCGGCUUGCGCUUCGCCCUGGUGAGCGAGGUCGCCAGAAAGCGCCGAGUGCACCAUGUCCUGAGCCCCGAGGGGACAGAGGCCUGCUUCCAGCUGCGAGAUGUCUCGGUGGUAGACUCAGCCAACUACAGCUGUGUCUACAAGGACACUGCGCCACCCUUCGCCGGCUCUGCUCCAAGCUCGAGCUUGGAACUGCGCAUUGAUGGACCCCCUCCCAGGCCACAGCUCCAGGCUCUGUGGAGUGGGGCUAUGAUUCCUGGACGUGAUGCCAUCCUGCGCUGCAAGGGCCAGGUGCCGGAAGUCGUGCCGCACAUCACUUUUGAGCUGUUGCAGGAAGGCAAAAAGGAGCCUUCAACCCAGGUCUGGGCCACCCACCCCUCAGCGGACCUUGUACUGACCUAUGUGGGGCCCCAGCACGCAGGCAACUACAGCUGCCGCUAUCGCUCAUGGUUGCCCAUCCCCUUCGUGUCUGAGCUCAGUGACCCAGUGGAGCUCCAGGUGGCAGGAAGUUGAUCAAGCUGCAGACUAAGGCCGCUGAUGCUAUCUUUGGCAAGUGCUUUCUCUGGUCUGGCUAUGAUCCCUCAUGCUGCAGCUAGAGGCUGGACUCCCCCUGGAAGUGCUGGAGGACUGUCCCUAAUUCCUCCUGGGAAUCAAUAAAUGUGAAUAGAAUCUUUAAAA